UUCCAUGCUCCUCGACUGGUUACCAUAGAGAACUGCAUGAAGCUGACCCAGAUGAUAGUGCAGGGUCUGCAGGAGUCAAAGUCACCGCUGCUACAGCUGCCCCACUUUGACGAGGAGCACCUCCGCUACUGCAUCUCUAAGAAGUAUAAAGUCCGGAGCCUCCAGGACCUGGUGAGCUUAAAGGACUCGGACAGACGCAACAUGCUGCGCUUCCUCGGGGAGGAGAAGUACGAUGAGGUCUUUGCUGUGCUGGGCAGCUUCCCUCACAUCACCAUGGACACCAAACUGCAGGUCCUUGAUGACGAAGACAGCAAUAACAUCACAGCAGGCUCCAUCGUCACAGUCACUGUCACCUUAACCAGAAAACGGAUGUCGGAGGUGUUUGAAAAGGAGCAGGACUCAUCAACACCCUGUCUAACAGAGGAGGCUGCCACUACAGAGGAAGCGGGAGACGCGAGUAAAACCAAAACAAAAGUGUGGCAGAACAAGAGUAAAGGGGCUAAGAAGACAGCCAAGUCCAAGAAGAAAAAAUUAACCAAGAAGAAGGCCACUCCAGCGCCUGCUAAAACCAAGCAGGCCAACGGCACCGUGGCAGGAAAUGAGGUGGUCGCAGCAGUAACAACAGCAGCAGUAACAGCAGCAGCAGCAGCAGCAGCAGCAGCAGCAGCAGCAGCAACAACAGCACCAGCACCAACAGUAACAGCGACGACGGUGGUUAAGGAGGAAGAGGACGAGGUCUCAGACAAGGGCAGCGACUCAGAAGAGGGCGAAGCCAACAAGGACUCUCCCAGCGAGAGGGACGAAGACAGCGACAAGCAGAGCGACACGGAGGUGGACGAGAUGGCUGGAGACGAUGAAGAGGAGUGGGAGGCGUUGCAGCAGAGCAUCCAGCGGCGGGAGCGGGCCCUGCUGGAGACCAAGUCAAAGGUGACGCACCCCGUCUACAGCAUCUGCUUCGCCGAGGAGAAGCAUGAGUGGUGGUGGCUGUACAUCGCAGACCGCCGGGACCAGACCCUCGUCUCCAUGCCCUACCACGUCUGCACGCUAAAAGACACAGAGGAGGUGAGCGUGUGGUUUCUUAUGGAACAAUAGCCACAUAAAUGUAUGAG